AUGGAUAAGGUGUCACAGAAUUUAAGCAACAAUGAUAAAAAUAAUACAGAACCCAGCUCGAAGAGGCGUCCAAAGAGUUUGGCAUGUAUUCUCUGCAGGAAGAGACACAUUAAAUGCUCUGGUGGUAAUCCAUGUGCCAGAUGCAUCAAGCAUGACUUAAAAUGUGAAUACAUUGAACCGUCUAAAAAGAUAGUCGUGUCCUUGAAAUAUUUACAACAAUUACAAGAUUCUCUGGCCAACAUGAAACGUGAAAAUGUUCGUUUACAAUCACUUGUAUCGAGAUCUAAGACUGGUUCACCAUUGCAAGGAAAGGAUGAUAAUGCAACUUUAAAAGAUGAAAAUACUAAUGAAGGUGCUUCUAGAAGACUUCCACUGACUGGAUUACUACAAGAAUCCAGUCAGAUGACCGAAUUUAAUAAUAAUACGGUGGAAGAUAGACAAAAAACAGGGACAGCUAUUACGAAGAAAUUAAAUACCAAUGAGAACGGUAGUACUUCAUCGAAUAUGAAGAAGAAUGAAGAAAAUGUUGAUAAUGAAGAAGAUGAGACUAUUGAAUCUACAUUUGCUCAAAGAAGUGGGAGACUCGUCGAGACACCAAAUGGUCAACUUUAUUUUGUUGGAUCCUCGUCAAUGACUUUAUUUGGUCUUGAGAUUCAAUCAAUGGUUUCAAAAUAUUUAUCUGAAAAGAAAUUCAAACCUUUACCAGUUAAUGAUGGUAGAGCGCAUAUAACGCAUACAAUUAUGAAAGAUUUCUCCAAUAACCAAAAUUUAUCAUUUUUAUCCUCCAUUUCUGAGCCUAUAGAGAAAAUUGAAAAAUUAAAAGAUGGAACACAUGACAUUAUUCUGGUAUUAAAUGAUGCGGCGGUGUCAAAUCAUGAUCAUACGAUUAAAUGCAAAUUACCUUCAUAUUCUUACUCACUUUUGUUGAUUGAUACAUUUCUUUCUUAUAAUGAUGAAUGCUUCUAUUUCUUUAAUGAGGGGAUAAUUAAACAUAAUUUGAAAACUUUUUAUGAAACUGAUAGAAGAUCGUACGAUGACAACAUUACGGAGGCUAUCCUUUGUUGUGAACUUCUUUUAAUCUUGGCUCUUGGUGAAAUGUAUUUAGGAACGGUAAACAAUUUAAAUGGUAGCAAAAAUAAUGAGAAGACGAAUGAUCGUUUUCUAGAUGGUUCAAAAUUACCAGGAUCGGGACUGUUUAAAGAAGCCUCUAAGAUUUUCAAUUGUCUAUUUUCCAGCGAACAUCUAGAAUGUGUGACGAAAGAAGGUGGUAUUGAAGUGUUACUUUUGUAUGCAUUUUAUCUCCAAGUGGCAGAUUGUACAGUGGCGUCGUACUUUUAUUUUGGACAAGCAUUAAGAGCAUGUCUAAUUCUCGGAAUGCAUGUAGAUGCUCAACGAGAUACAUUAACUCGAUUUGAAUUAGAACAUCAUAGAAGAUUAUGGUGGACAGUUUACAUGUUUGAAAGAAUGCUUAGUAGUAAAGCUGGUUUGCCCUUAAGUUUUACUGAUAAUACCAUUUCUACAGAAUUACCAGAUGAUUUUGAAAUGAGUUCCCCACCGAAGGGUUGUGAAUAUUUUAUCUUCCCUCAAGCUGAAUUUCUUUCCAAUUGUGUCAAGAUUGUUCAAAUCAAUGCACAUAUCCUAAAUCAAUUGUAUCAACGGCAACCUGAAUCAAAUAUAUUACCUAUCUUACAAAGGAUCAUAGCCCAAUUAUUGCAAUGGAGAAAUGAUUUAUCUGAAUGCUGUCAAGUCGAUUUCAAUGUUCCCGAUCUCAAGAUUUCUCGGUUAUGUGCCAAUUUAUUUACAGAGUAUUUCCAGGGGAUAAAUUUAGCCAUUCGACCGCUAUUGUUCCAUUUCCUCUCUUUGCAAUUGAAACGGUUUAAAGAUGAUGAUGAUUAUAAUACGUAUUUAAAUUUACAAAAUUAUUCCAAAUCGAUUUCCACAUUAUUAAAUUGUUCCUUACAGGCUUCGGUUAAUACGGUCAGAUCGUUAUGGUACUUGUUAGGUGAGAAUAAACUGGCAUUGUUUGGAUAUAUGGAUAGAGAAUAUUUGUUCACUUCCUCGUGCACGUUACUUUUGUUUAACGCUACAUUUGGUAUUCACGAACAAACAUCAGAAUAUCUGGAUUAUACAUUGGAGAUAUUCACCAAGAUGGAAAAACUGGGGAAUAAUCCUGCCGGAUUAAGAAAGACGCAAUUGCUCACCAUGAUGUUAAAUCUUGAUUUCCACGGGAUAAUGAAAGAUUUAAUCUCUAAGCAUACAGUGGAUGAUGAUCAGCAAACAUUUAGGGAGGAACUAUUGCCCGAGGCGGUCAAGAAUACCAUGAAAUAUUUUAUUAAUCCAACACCUGCUCCGGGGGAUAAUGAUAAUUAUGAAAUUAAAGAUGAUAGUGGUACGCCGUUGAGAAAGAAUUCCAUUUCCACCACAUCAUUUUCCAAUUUUUUAAACAUUCCAACGUAUCAGACAGAACCCUUGACGGCGAAGGGUAACGAAGUGAUAGAGAAUAAUGGGAAUCAAUUGGAUCCCACGAAUUAUGUGGAUAAUGAAGGUUUACAAGAAUUAUUGGAUAAUUUGGAUCGUAUAAGUAGUAGUGAUAACAAACUUUGGGAAGAAAUUUCAGGGCAAGCCAUGUGGUUAGGAACAGCGAUGGAUCCAACUGGAGCUGCUGGAACAGAACUUGAUGUGAAUGAUUUUUUAGCCAACUUGCCGUAA